CGGUCAUUCUGUGUCUUUGUGAUGUGUGCAGACUUCUACUGGAAGACUAUGCAUGCUUGCGUGUAUGUCAUUCACGUCGAGAACUUCCUGUAGCGUGGUGCGUGGUCUCAGAACGUUGGACCCAUCUACCGAUGAUGUUUUCUUGCCCCGGGUUUGUCUAUUCCGGGUCCUCUUGUUUCAAACGAUUCCCAAAAUUCCUCAUUAAAAUCCCCACCUCUCUUCUCUCCGCUCCUCUCUCAGGCAUUUCCCUCCUGUCUCCCCUCUUCUCCAUCUCCUCCCUCCUUCUCUCUCUCUCUCUCUCGCUCUCUCACCCAGUGCCUCCUCCUCAGAUGUAUUCUUCAGUCAGUGGGCUGGAACUGCAGCGGCUGCUGGAGGAGGCCAGACUAAGAGAGAGAGAUAGAGAGAGUGGAAAGAGAGCGGGUGGAGGGGCUGAGCAGAGCCUGGGUCAGCGUGGUCUGUCAUCUUAGACAAUCUAAUAGCGAGCAAGCAAACGAGAGCGAGUGUGUGUAUGUGUGUGCGUGCGUGCGUGCGUGUGUGUGUGUGUGUGUGAGAGAGAGAGCGAGAGAGAGAGAGAGAGAGGGAGCGCAGCACAAGCAGGAGGUAGAGAUGUCAGAGGAUGUGGUUUUCCUGAGCUUGCAGAACACAGCGCAGGCAUAGUUUGAGCAUGACCUCAACGCAGGCACGCAAAGUGAGCUCUUCGCGCUCCGCUUAGCCCUCCGCAGGACUGUAACCAGCGGGAUUCGGAGAAAACAGAGCCGCACGAAAAAGUGCUCUCGGAAGAACGGAUCACGGACCCGUCGCAUCUCUGGAGCUCCAGGACUUCACGCGGGAAUUUGGGAAUUUUGUGCACACGCUAGUUCGCAUCCUUCUCUUGCUUCAUAACGUUUAUGAACUUGGCAGAGAAGACCUUCUCUGAUCAUUGAGACUUCACGCACCUGUGGAUGCACAACGGCCAAGCGGGAGCAACGGGCACUCUGACAGCAGAGAUGGGUUGUGGGCUGAGGAAGAUCCGUCAGACAGACGACAGCAGUCCUGGGAAGAUCUACUCAACCCUCAAGAGACCGCAAGUGGAGACCAAGAUCGGAGUGGCCUACACUUACUGCCACGUUGACUUCCUGGUUGGAAAAGAAGAUGUGACCUCGACCCUGUGCUUGUCCUCGGUACGGGAGCUGCCAUCCCAGCUACAAGAUCUAUACCAGCAGGGCUUUGUCCUCAUAGCAGUCCAUCCCUUCGUCCACCCGUGCGGCCCGGAUCUCGCCAGCGUCCAGCGACAGCUAUAUCGAGCGGUGCUCAGCAAAGUGCCCGAAAGUUCGGAGAAAAGUCCAUCAGAGUUCGAGCCUUACCAUCUGAAGCUGGAGGAGUGUUUGUCUGCUGAUCAUAUUCCGACCCUGGAGCACAUCCAAGGAUAUGUGAAAAAACAGAUUCAGGAUGCAGCCGACCAGGGCAUCGUGUUUUCCGGCUUCAUCCAGGAACCAGCCGGCCUCCACCUUCGCGUCACGUCACGAGGAGGCCUUGGAGAGGCGUCCCUGUCUUUACACUCCAGUCCGAGUUCUCUACGCUGCUCUGAGCUCACGGCGAGCCCGAGUCAUCACGGGGAGAGCGGCACCGAGGACUGGGCUGCAGAUGGAGAGACGGAAGAGCCGAGAACUUCUCGAGAUACAGGUGGAGACGCUCUGUCGGACGUGACGUCCACUGUUUCCAAAUCGGAGUGUUGUGACGGAGAGCAGGACGACAUACCGUCGCCCAACAACAAGGCCAAAGACAAGGAGGGGAAUGAAAAACCUAGCAGACCAUCUCUAGGCAAAUGUGGUGCCGAACUUUUCGGCUUGUUUAACUACCCGGGUGGGCGUCAGAAGCCGCUAAAGUACUACACAGUGAAGGUGCCUCUGCGGGUGCAGCCUGGUGAUGAGGGUAGUCACGCCAUCGAGGCCCAAUGGCUGGACCACAUGACGCAGCACUUCAACAACGGAGCCUCGCUGGUCGACGGCUACUUCAGUCUGGGCAAAGACGACGAUCAGCUGCCUAAGGUCAUCGACAGCGUGUUUAUUUUCCAAGAGGGAGACUCCGUUGCAAGUACGAACUACGACGCCAUCGUGGUCGAACAGUGGACCAUCAUUAACGGGGUUCAGGUGAAGACGGACUACAUCCCUUUGCUGCAGUCUCUGGCUUCAUUCGGAUGGAGGCUCACCUGUGUGUUGCCCACACCCAUCGUCAAGACCAACAGUGACGGAAGUGUGUCCACCAAGCAAAUUGUGUUCUUCCAGAGACCAACACUGCCCCUCAAGAGGAGACACUCCAAGAAAAUCAUCUUCAGAACCCGAAAGAACUCCAGCAAGAACUCGGUGAAAGACACGCUGAAAAACAAGAAGAAGAAGAACGCAACGGAGAAGGACCUGGACAAUCAGAAGAUCCAGGAUGGAGUGGGGAAGGAGGGCAAAGAGAACACAGAGACGGCUAAUGAGAAUAACAGCGAAAACGAAGGAGGAGACGACGACGGGACGGAUGGAGAGGCGAUGCAGAAAGAGCGAGCCGACCUGGAGGAAAGGGAUGAGAAUGCGGAGCAGGUGGAGGCGGAAGUGAGGGGAGAGAUGGAUGGAAAGAAAUCGACGAACGGGAAGCGAGACGAGGGAGACGAUGAGAUAGAGACACUUUCUGAUGUGAAAAAUGGAGAGAUGGAAGGUGAAGAGGUGAAGAAAAGCGGAGAGGAAACCUACCAUCUGCAUAAUGGCUUCGACGAGCAAGAGACAUCAACCAAUGAGGUGCAAGAAGAAAACAGCAUUCCUGUGGUGGACAUCGAUUCAGCCAAUCAGGAGUAAGGAUUUUGUUAAUCCCACCUCUGCAGCUGUGAAUGUCACAUAAAAACCUCGUCUGUUCUCAUUAAUCUGCGCUGAACGCUUUUAAACCGGGGUGAAAAUAAACGUUUAUCGCUGCAUCUGAGGUUGUUUUUUUUUUAUCAGUAUAAGCACUGGAUUUUAAGACCACAUGAGGAUAUGUAUGAUGUAUAUAAGGAGCUCCAGACUGGACACUUUUUUCUUCACCUUGCUCUCAACUUGUUCAAAAUCGACUAAGCUCCAGAUGCAUCCAGUGGAUUUAAAUAACAUGAGGAAUGGCCGAGACCAUUUUUGCGAAAGGCAAUCUGUUCUGAAGAAGAUAUCGUCACCUCCUUUUGUUUACAUGUCUGAAUAUGAACGCUGAGUUGACAGUUUACAAAGUUCGGCAACUUUCUAGCCACAACCAGUGACCAGUUUAUCAGGUCUUUACCUUAUAGGACACUUUGUAUGUAUGUACAUGGGAAUACACCCUGUAUGGGACACCAAUCGAGAACCAAAUAUUACCGACAUCCAUUAAAUCACCAGUAAACCAUAUUCUAUUGAACCCUCAGAAACCAUUAGACUUUGUAGGACAUCCAUUAGAGAACUAUAAACCCAUCGAAUGCACCUAGGACCAGUCAGUGUCCCCAAGGACUGUUUAUAUUGUGAUAU